CCAGGAAGUCUGCUGCGACUUUUCCGUUGCGCAUGCGUCUGUUUUGUAGGGUGACGUCACUGAGGGGCGCCGAGCAACUGCCUCGGAAACGCGGUAGAUUGGAACUGAUCGGCUGUGAAAAGGAGGAAAAAGAACAUUUUACAGGACGAGUGUGGACGCGAGUCUGUUGGGGCGCCUAAAAGUGAGGAGCUGGACACCUGUCCAGUUGGUCCGGAAUUGCGCCCCCAUGGCUGUCCCCGUUACGCAGCCGCCCAGCUUCCUCCUGACCAGUCUCAAAGCGGACUGGACGACGAAGCCGUUCCUGCAGCGAUGCCAGGAGCUGGUGAAGGUGAUCGAUGACUACCCGGCCAAGGACCUCCAGCCUGUGUUUCCCUGGCUGGUCGAAAGUGUGUUUGGCAGCUUGGAUGGGGUCAUCGUGGGCUGGAACCUGCGCUUGCUGCAGCCUAGAACCAACGAAUACAGUGUUGUCAUGGAGUUUCUAGACCCCAGUGGUCCCAUGAUGAAGCUGGUGUACAAACUCCAAGCAGAGGAGUACAAGUAUGAGGUUCCCGUGUCCUACCUCCCGGGGCCGGUAAAGAGCUCCAUCCAUCAGGGUGUCCUGCCUGACUGCCCCCUCUUCCACAACAAGCUGCAGUUCCCCCUGUCUGGCCUGCUCACUCUCACACUAUCCCUCAAUCCCUUCGAAUACUACAUGUUUAACUUCGCCUACUGCCUGAUCGCACCCAGGAGCUUUCCUCAGGGACAGAAUGGGACGGCCUCAGACAGCGCCUACUUUGUGCUUGUGGACACCUAUCUGAAGUACUUCCUGCCCACAGAAGGCAGCGUGCCCCCAUCUCCAUUCUCAGAUGCCAGGGGCUCUGUGUCGCCUCCGACCCCCAGAUCUCCCAGCAUGCCACUGGCGGGUUACGCCUCUCAGAGCAGCGGUUUACUGAAGAGGCACAUUUCCCAUCAGCCCUCAGUGAACGCAGACCCUGCCGCCCAGGAGAUCUGGAGGUCCGAGACUCUGCUGCAGGUCUUUGUGGAGCUCUGGCUGCACCACUACUCUCUGGACAUGUACCAGAAGCUGCAGUCCCCCCAGGUGAAGCUGGCUCUGCUCCAGUAUCGCCUCAGUAUGUCCGGUGUGGCCAGCGCCCCCCUCACCUCCACCGGCUACGGGACCCUGCACACCUACCAAGAGCCUUUCAGUCCCACAGAGGAGCACAUCCUGGUGGUGCGACUCCUGGUCAAGCACCUGCAUGCCUUCUCCAACAGCCUGAAGCCGGAGCAGGGCCCCCCUUCACCUUCAGCCCACUCGCACGCCAGUCCCCUGGAGGAGUUCAAAAGGGUGGUUGUCUCGCGGUUCGUCCAGCAGAAGCUCUACAUCUUUCUGCAGCACUGCUUCGGCCACUGGCCCCUAGAUGUGUCCUUCAGAGCCGUGCUGGAGACCUGGCUGAGCUACAUCCAGCCCUGGAGAUACACCAGCGAGAAGAGCAGCCCCCCAGGGGACAGCCACAGCCGAAGUGUUCCAGAGAAGUGGGCAUCCUUUGUCCAGGAGAAUCUUCUGAUGUACACGAGGCUGUUCCAGGGUUUCCUCAACCGCGCCGUGCGCACAGACCUGGUCAACACCAAGAAUGCACUCAUGGUCUUCAGAGUAGGCAAGGUCUUCGCUCAGCCCAACCUGCCGGAAAUGAUCCAGAAGGGGGAGCAGCUGUUCCUGGAACCGGACCAUGUCCUCCACCAGAGGCAGCCCCGUGUCUUCCUCACGCCCUCCCACGGGGGCAGCUUCCUGUCGGCCCGGCAGCCUCCCGAGGCCGACGCCAUCUUCAAGGUCAAGAGCCACGUCUACAGCUUGGAGGGGCAGGACUGUCAGUACAAGCAGAUGUUCGGCAGCGAGUUGCGGAGCACGGUGCUGAAACUGGUCCAGAUCAUUGCCCAGGCCCGUCAGACCGCCAAGCGCAUUUCGGACCACUCCGCCGAAGCCGCCGCGAGUCAGUCCCUCCUGUCUUGGUUCAGCAUAGGCUCAUCGGACCUGAACAGCACGUACACAGCGGGCGAGGCAGACGAUGCGGGCGAGUGUGUCCGCAAGACCCACGAGUUCCUGGACCGGGCCCUGGACUACCUGUGUCAGAUAUUCCGGCUGAAUACCGCACAGGUGACUCAGCUGCUGGCAAACCUGGCCCAGGUCCCGGAUGACCUCGGCUCCAGGCAGCUACCCGACUGCAUUCGGGGGGAGAACGGGCUGAUACUGACUGACCUCGGCCGCAUGCAGAUCAUCAAUGGACUGCGGCGCUUUGACAUCCAGUACCAAGGCGACCCCGAGCUGCAGCCCAUCCGGAGCUACGAGAACGCCCUGCUGGUGCGCCUGCUAUACCGGCUCGCCACCUUCCUCAAUGAGCGGUACGCCGUCCAGAUGGAAGCCCUGUGCUCCCGGACUGACCUUCUGGGUCGCUUGGGGAGGUUCUACUUGAGCUGCCCGGCCACCGCCGCUGAGAGACGCCGUAACAGCCCGGCGACGGCCCGAGCGGCCGCCAUCUCUCGACGGCCGCGCCUCAGCCUGCGGACGCUGGCCAGUUACCGCGCCCUGCUGAGUAUCGCCCUGCUCUACCUGCUGGGGGCGCUGUUCUCCUUCGGCCUGCUGUCCAGCACGGGGCUCAUCCUGGUGGCCAGUGCAGUCUAUGGACUCUUCAUGAGCUUGUUCAGUGACAAGCUGAAGCAGCACUGAGGCGCGGCUGCUGCCGCACGGCCAUUGUUUGCUUUUAGCGUUUCCUUUACUCUGUAAAUAAAUCCCAGAGUCUCUGGCUGAAUGGUAUGAUCCGUUUUAAAUAAAUUGGUUGAAGUGCAAACUGA